AUGGCACGGUCAAAGAUAUCUACGGAAGAUAUUUCUCGAUAUAGUCAUUUAUUCAAUCGAGAACUAGCUAAUCUUGAAUCACAUCAGUUAAUUUGGCAAGAUGUAAAUGUGAAAAAGGAUAAAACUACGUUAGAGAAUUUACGAAAAAUUGUUGACCAUACAAAAGUCUUUGAUAAUAUGGAUGAAUGGUUGGUUUACAUAAACCAAACUGAUACUACAGUUACAUUUAAAAUUUGCUCUGGACAAAUGGGAGAGAAUUUCGUGUCAAAAGUUCAUCAUCUUGAUACUAUCUAUGCAAUUUAUAUUUAUUGUCAGAAUCAAGAGUAUCAUCAAAAGUGGGCUUCAAAAUAUUCAAGAGUAAGCAUUAUAUUAUGUUUUAAUUAUACUUCAAUACAUAUUUUAAAUAUGUAA